CACUACUCCAACAGAUGAAGAGAACCUCUGUGUCCUAAUAUUAUACCCCGAUAAUGGCGCGUAUAAAUGAUAGAGAAAGUAUGAUAUAAUGUAACGGUAGCCAGUUAUUGCAUUGAAUCACCAUCUCACAACCUCCGCUCUUUUUGCCGAAUCACAGGAUCGCUAAUACCCCAGCCACUAACUUAUCCAGAGUUUUCACUCACUUCUCUCCGCAAUUUGAUUUUCCUUUUCAAAAAUUUUCCUUUUCUCUCUCUAAAGCAUUUGCAGAACAAUAAUGGCUAUUCCGGCUGCAUUAGCUAUCGUCCCUAUUGGGAUUCUCUUCUUUGUCUCUGGCUUCGUAGUCAAUCUUAUUCAGGCAGUUCUCUUCAUACUUGUAAGGCCAGUAUCAAAGUCUCUGCAUAGAAGGAUUAACAAAAUAGUUGCAGAACUUCUUUGGUUGGAGCUCAUAUGGCUGGUUGAUUGGUGGGCACAUCUAAAGAUUGAAGUGUAUGCUGAUGAUGAAACUUUUGAAUUAAUGGGUAAAGAACAUGCGCUUCUCAUUUGCAAUCACAGGAGCGACAUUGACUGGCUUGUCGGAUGGAUCUUAGCUCAGCGCUCAGGUUGCCUUGGUAGUGCACUAGCUGUCAUGAAGAAACAAGCCAAAGUCCUCCCUAUUAUAGGUUGGUCCAUGUGGUUUUCUGAUUAUCUGUUUCUUGAAAGAAGCUGGGCCAAGGAUGAAACAACAUUGAAGUCAGGUUUUAAACGGCUAGAAGAUUUUCCUAUGCCUUUUUGGCUGGCUCUUUUUGUGGAAGGAACACGCUUUACAGAAGCAAAGCUUCAAGCAGCCCAAGAGUAUGCUGUUACAAGGGGGUUGCCUAUUCCUAGAAAUGUGUUGCUUCCUCGUACCAAGGGUUUCGUAUCAGCAGUAGUUCACAUGCGCUCAUUUGUUCCAGCAAUUUAUGAUUGCACAGUAGAUGUGGACAAAAGUCAGCCUGCACCAACAAUGCUAAGGAUAUUUAGACGACAAUCAUCUGUUAUAAAUCUGCAAAUCAAGCGGCAUUCAAUGCAGGAAGUUCCAGAAACUGCUGAUGGUAUUUCGCAAUGGUGCAAAGAUGUAUUUGUGACCAAGGACGCAAUGUUGGAGAAAUACCAUACUAAGGGCACAUUCAGUGACCAAAAGCAUCAACACAUUGGACGACCCAAAAAAUCUUUGUUUGUUGUAAUAUUUUGGUCAAAUCUCCUUAUCUUCGGCAUCGUCAUGUCAUUCCAGUUUCUGUCCUUCCUAAACUCAUGGCAAGUCCUUUCAUUUUCAGUCACUCUGUUGGUCCUUGUUACAAUUGUUAUGCAAAUUUUGAUCCAUUCAUCCGAGUCGGAGCACUCUACUCCCCCACCCAAGCUAACAUUUUCUGACCAAGCAAAGGAGAGGCUGCUUCAGAAAUGAGUCAACAGACUACACUGGUAAUUGAUCAGUCCGUAAGCUAUCCAGUUUAUGUUGCUAGGAAACUGCAAACUUUUCUUUUCUUCUUCUUCUUUUGGAGAUUGGGAGCUGUUAACCAAUUGGUAGAGCUUAGUUAUGUUCUUUCUGUACCUCUUGAUGACAUUAAAAAGAAAAACCAACUGAUGAAUAUUCCUGUGCAUAGAUAUGGGGUAAAUACUAUUCCCCCAUGAGGUUUGCCAUAUUACUCUACUCAUUAAACUUAAUUUCUCGUGUAGUUUGUUAUCA